AUGCUGGGAGGAGUAGUUCGGUCACGGCAGGCCAGCCGACUCACCACGAAGGCUGGACUACAUUUCCCAGCAGGAAGCGCGGCGCUGUCGCCCAAGCCUGGCACCAUGGACAAACUCAUCACUCCGGGGGAGCUGCUGUGUCUGGGCUCCAGCCUUGCCUUCUCUGGUCUCUUCUACUACUUGUACAGGAGGAAGGCCAGAGUUGUGGCACGCAUACAGGAGGCCCCAAAGCUCCAGGUCGAUGACAAUUUGCCAGCCCUGGUGUCUACAGCUGAGGGGAGGUGCCUGCCUUACGUUGCCCUGGAAGGCAUAGUGCUGCCAGCCCAAGCUGCACUGACCAGCCACUACCAUGAGGGGCUGCAGGGCGUGAUCCAAAAACUGCUGCUGAAGGAGCAUCGGCUGAUCUGGAACAGUUUGGUCCGAAGCUGGAGCGAGAGCGAGCGGGUGCUCUCAGAGCAGAUCUACACUGUCCCCUUCCUGCUGGCCUCACCAGGUCCUGAGGCAGUGACACAGGUGAGUGUGGACAGCCCACUCCAAGCUGUCUGCCUGCCCCUGGAGAUGGUGUAUGAGCGGUUCCAGCAGCCAACCCAUGGCCUCCGUGACCUGUUGGGCCAGUACCUGAUCGGGGAGAAGUCCAAGGGCAUCCUGGAGACGGAGGAGAUGCUGCGGGUGGGGGCUGGGCUGACAGGCAUCGGGGAGCUGUCCCUGUACCCCGAUGGCUCCCUGCAUCUCCAGCCGCCGGCCCAGGGAGGCGAGUUUUUCCUGUGCCUGGGGGACUGGCAGACGGUGGUGUCAGAGCUGGAGUCAGCCAGCGGGCUCUGGAAGGGGGCAGCGUGUCUGUUUGCGGCAGCGGGGCUGGCUGUCCUCCUGCACGCCCUGUGCCGUGCCUACCGCCGCUCCCGCCCCAAGCAGCAACAGGAGGACAAGGAGCUGGAUGGGGAGGAGGCCGGGAACCAGGCACCCGAGGACUCCUGCGUGAUCUGCCUGUCGCGGCCCCGCGAGUGUGUCCUUCUGGGCUGCGGCCACAUCUGCUGCUGCUUCCGCUGCUUCCAAGCCUUACCCACCCGCCUCUGCCCCAUCUGCCGGGGGCCCAUUGACCGUGUGGUGCCCCUCUACCAGGUCUGA